AUGGCGGCUCCCUUGCUGGAGAAACUGUCGGAGUCUUUGGGUUCUCCGGAGCCAGCGGUUCGACUCAUUUUAUCCAUUUUAAUCGGGUAUCCCUUUGCUCUUCUGUACCGGAGGUUCCUCUUCUACCAGCAUGCCUCAGUCAUCCACUUGUUCCACAUGUUCUCCGGAUUGGCGCUAGCUGCAUUCAACUUUGGCUCACAGCUCUAUCACUCCGUAACAUGCGUCUUUGUCCAGUUUUUGAUGCUGAGGCUCAUGGGGAGGACGGUAACAACUGUCCUGUGCAGUUUCACCUUUCAAAUGGUAUACCUGCUGUUAGGGUAUUACUACACAGCAACAGAGGAGUACGACAUCAAGUGGACGAUGCCUCACUGUGUUCUCACACUCAAACUUAUUGGUUUGGCGUUUGAUUACUAUGACGGUGGGAAGGAUCCAUCUCAGCUGAGCGCCGAGCAGAAAAAGAGCGCCCUGCCUACGGUGCCUUCGCUGCUCGAGGUUUUCGGCUUCUCCUUCUUUUACGGCGGCUUCCUGGUGGGUCCCCAGUUCACGCUGCGCAGCUACCAGAGGCUGGUGGGGAGGGAGCUCACCGACUGUCCUGGAAAGAUUCCCAACAGCGUUCUACCAGCCAUGAAGAGGUUCUCCCUGGGUUUUCUCUGCCUGGUGAUAUAUGCAAUAUUUAGUCCUUCUUACCCAGACAGCUACUAUUUAACAGAUGAGUAUGAGGCUCAACCAUUCUGGUAUCGCUGCGUGUUCAUUCUGCUGUGGGGAAAAGUUAUUUUAUAUAAAUACGUCAGCUGUUGGGUUAUAGCUGAGGGUGUAUGUAUAUUGUGUGGUCUAGGCUACAAUGGUGUCGUGGAUGGUAAGCACCAGUGGGACGCCUGUGCCAAUAUGAGGGUGUGGCUCUUUGAGACGACGCCACUUUUUGGAGGAACAAUAGCUUCUUUCAACAUCAACACAAACGCCUGGGCUGCUCGGCACGUAUUCAAGCGGCUGAAGUUUCUGGGCAAUAAGACCUUGUCUCACGUGUCAACGCUGCUCUUUCUGACCAUUUGGCACGGCCUUCACUCUGGGUACAUCUUGUGCUUCUCUAUGGAGUUCUUCAUCAUCACAGUGGAGAGACAGAUCCAUGCUCUGGUGCAGGACAGUCCUUUGCUGACAAAACUGGCCAACAGCCAGCUCUACCCCCUCAUCUAUGUAGUUCAGCAGUUUAUCCACUGGCUCUUCAUGGGCUAUCCUCUUGUGCCAUUCUGCCUCUUCACCUAUGACAAAUGGCUCAAGGUGUAUUCUUCCGUCUAUUUCUGUGGUCAUGUGUUCUUCCUGGUGGCAUAUUUAAUCGUGCCAUUCCUCCGUAAGGCUCUGGUACCCAAGAAGGACCGGAGAGAGAAAAAGCAGGACUAAAACCCCGGUUCUAAAACCUGGCAUGGUCCGUCUGAGGCUGAAUAUCCUCUGAAGGGAACUGUGACAUUCAAGGAACAGUGCAAACGCUGUUUUCAGGCCUUUAGUAAUAUAUAAAUAUAUGAAUAUAUGUUCAUGUAAAGAAAAAAAUAUAUAUUUUUGUGCUUUUAAG